AUGGCGGUGGAUCCAUCUCCUGCGGAGGCGCUGCCGGCGGAGACCAGCCAAGCUCCGAAGCGUCGUCGACUCGUUAGGAUCACCGACGACGACGACGACGAGGAGGAAGCUGCACCUUCUUUGGUCCGAAGGCCGCGCAGUCGUCCAGACGUCGCGCCGGCCACUACUGGUCGGGUGACAAGUGACCCUCCUGCCCCACAUGCCGAGCCGACGAGUCUUGGAGAGACAGGGGCGGCGGCGACGACUGGUAGGACCAGGAGGAGGUUCUUCACAGCGACACACAGGCGCUCCGAUCUUGCGGCGUCUGACGUUGAUCCAGACAACGUCGCUGGCCAGAAGACGGUCGAGCCGAUGGUUGUCGUCGAAGAUGCCGCGCGGCAAACCACCCAGGAGCACACCGAGGGACAGCCCACGGCAGUGAGCGUGGUGGAGACUGCUGAGGAGGACCCAGCUCAGGCGAGGAACGGAGCGAGCACCCCUACAAGGGAUGAAGAGGCUGCGAGGAUGCCUCCCCUGAGCAGUGUCGCAGAGGAGGGAGAUAGAGCCCCGACUCCACCGCCUGCCGAAGAAAGGAGGGCCCCAACUCCACCCCGAGUAGAAACCUCUUCGCCAAAGGGCUCCCCUGGCCGGGAUAAGGGUCCUGUGAUACCUGUGACCAUGGCUGGGGGUAGCGCAGAGGGCGAGGAGGCCCAAGCGGCCUCCGAUGACGAAGUAGAAGAAAUCCAAGCAAUUGCUCCUGCAGACUUGGAGGAGGAGGUUGCACUCCUCCAACAAGAAAAGGAGAGGCUCGACCAGGAGCGUGCCGACGCGCUGGAGGCCGGGCACCAAGCUAACGAGGAGCUAAGGAACAAGAGUCGGGAGUUGUCUGGUGAGAACAGUGUCACCCUCUUUUUGGAUUACGCAACGUUCCUUUUCUUGUGUUUACACUGA